GCAGGAGGCGGGGCGAAGCCGGCAGCGGGCGGGAGCGCAGUAGAGGAGAGUCGGGCGCCGGGCGGAGCUUCGGCCCGCCUCUGCCCGGCUGGUGGCCGGCUGCGGCUUCCUUCCUUAGCGGCUUCCUCGCGAGGCAGCUUCCUUUAAGACAUAUCCCAGAUUCACCAGGCGCGUCCCUUCUGCAAACAUAGCUGCACUCUGACCGCUGGAAACCUGUAUCAACUUUGGGGGAAGAAGCAGCAUCUAGCCUGUGGACAGCAAGCUGAAGAAUUUGUUUCCUGUGCAUUGAAGCGCUAAUCUUUUCACCGCUGUCCACCCAGACGGAUGUUAUUACCUCAUUAAAGACGAAGCUGGGGCGCAGAGAGGCUUAGAGACAGGAUCUUCGGCUGGGAAGACUGUACCCAAGUGCCAGCGAUCCUGGCCCAUUAGGCCUGGAAAGAGACAACCAUUAGAUCGAGGAGAUGUGUCUUGUCCAGCCUGGUUUCCCCUUGGCCCUGGGAAACUAAGGUGGACCUGGGAGGAACUUGGUCCCCUCCUGUAGACCCAUGGCUCACCGGCGAAAGAUACAGCUGUUGACAUGGGACGUGAAGGACACGCUGCUCAGGCUCCGCCGGCCUGUAGGAGAGGAAUACGCCGCCAGGGCCCAGGCCCACGGGCUGGAGGUGGAAGCCACAGCCCUGGAACGAGCCUUCAGGCAGGUGUUCAAGGCUCACAGCCGCAGCUUCCCCAACUAUGGCCUGAGCCACGGCCUCACUGUCCGCCAGUGGUGGUGGGAUGUGGUCCUGCAGACCUUCCGUCUAGCGGGUGUUCGGGAUGCCCAGGCUGUGGGCCCCAUUGCUGCCCAGCUGUACAAGGACUUCCGCAGCCCCUGCUCCUGGCAGCUGUUGGAGGGGGCGGAGGCCACCCUGAGGGAAUGCCGGAAACGAGGCCUGAGGCUGGCAGUGAUCUCCAACUUCGACCAGCGACUAGAGGACAUCUUGGUGGGUCUUGGUCUGCAGGAACAUUUCGACUUUGUGCUGACCUCUUGGGCUGCUGGCUGGCAAAAGCCGGACCCCCGCAUUUUCCAUGAGGCCUUGCGGCUUGCUCAGGUGGAACCAGCGGUGGCAGCCCAUAUUGGGGAUAGUUACCACAAUGAUUAUGAGGGGGCACGGGCUGUAGGCAUGCACAGCUUUCUAGUGGUUGGCCCGGGGUCUCUGGAUCCUGUGGUCAAAGAUUCUGUGCCCCAAGAACAUAUCCUCCCCUCACUGCCCCAUCUGCUGCCUGCCCUUGACCGCCUGGAGGGCUCAUCCACAGGGCAGUGAGGCUGGUGAGGGAAGUGGCUGGGCCCGACAGACCCUGGAGACAGGGAGCCCUUUACUCUCUCCCUGCAGCCUCCCUAGUGCAUUCUGACUCUAAUGCAGUCAGUGUCUUAUUUUAUGGAGAAAAGGUAAUGGACUUUUUGGCCAGCCCAAUACUUUCAAGCUUUGUUUUAGCAGCAGGGCUAUUUUGUUGUGGGAGAUCUUAAGUGGAACCCCAAUGUGCAAACCAGGAAAAGAACGAGAAACUGCUAGCGUUGAGGCACAGGUCCUAGGGCCCCUCAUUCAGGCCCUGAGGCUUCUACAAGUCCCUGUACCUCAACCUACAAAGCCCUUCCUCCACUGACUCCUGCCUACCCCAAGCACCAGACUCCUUGCCCUGCCUCAGGACCUUUGCACUUGUUCUUUCCAGUGCCAGGGGCACUUAACCACCUCAUUUUCCUACACAGUCAUUCUUCAGAUCCCUCCUGAAAGUUCACACAGCCAGGAGGUCCUCUGACAAAGACCAGAUGAGGUUCUCAGAUUGAUAACCUCGUGGUUCAUGCUGAAUUCAUUAAACUUAAGUGUUUGUGUA